AUGAGACCUCCCAGCCCUCUGCUCUUCCUGCUGUACGUCACGCUGUCCCAGAGUCUGAAGGUGGUCUCCAAGAGGGGCUCCGUGGACGGUUGUAUGGACUGGUCGGUGGACUACCUGAAGUACCGGGUUCUGCAGGGGGAGCCGGUGCGCGUAAAGUGCGCCCUGUUCUACGGCUACAUCCGGGCCAACUACACGCAGGCGCAGAGCGUGGGCCUGAGCCUCAUGUGGUACCGCAGCUCGGGUCUGGGCCACGGGGACUUUGAGGAGCCCAUCUCCUUUGACGGCGUGCGCAUGAGCAAGGAGGAGGACGCCAUCUGGUUCCGGCCCGCCGACCUCCAGGACGUGGGGCUCUACUCCUGCGUGCUGCGGAACUCCACCUACUGCAUGAAGGUGUCCAUGUCUCUGACGGUGGCAGAGAACGACACCGAACUCUGCUACAACUCCAACAUGAGACGGACGGAGAAGGCCGAGCUCAGCAAGAGCAAAGACAUCCUAUGUCCGGACAUCGACGACUACGUGGAACCCGGCAAGGAGCCGGACAUCACCUGGUACAAGGAGUGCCGCCCGAAGCAAUGGCGCGCCAGCAUCCUGCGGAAGAGAGACACCCUGUCCAUCCAGGAGGUGAAGGAGGAUGACAUCGGGAACUAUACCUGUGAGGUCCAGUUCGGGGGCUUCGUGGUCAGGAGAACCACCGAACUCACCGUCACCGACAACAAGGACUACGACGCCUACCUGUCCUACACCAAGGUGGACCCCGACCAGUGGAGCCAGGAGACCCGGGAGGAGGAGCGCUUUGCCCUGGAGAUCCUGCCGGACGUCCUGGAGAAACACUACGGGUACAAGCUCUUCAUCCCCGACCGGGACCUCAUCCCCACAGGAAGUCUCUCCAAUGAGCAUUACCAGGAUGACACUCGACUGCUUGGAGCCUACAUCGAGGACGUGGCCCGCUGCGUGGACCAGAGCAAGCGGCUCAUCAUCGUCAUGACGCCCAACUAUGUGGUGCGCCGCGGCUGGAGCAUCUUCGAGCUGGAGACGCGGCUGCGCAACAUGCUGGUGACGGGCGAGAUCAAGGUGAUCCUGAUCGAGUGCGCCGAGCUGCGCGGCAUCAUGAACUACCAGGAGGUGGAGGCGCUCAAGCACACCAUCAAGACCCUCACCGUCAUCAAGUGGCACGGCCCUAAGAGCAACAAGCUCAGCUCCAAGUUCUGGAAGCAGCUGCAGUACGAGAUGCCCUUCCGCCGCACGGAGCCCAUGCUGAGCCACGAGCCCGCCCUGGACGUCAGCGAGCAGGGCCCCUUCGGCGAGCUGCAGACCGUCUCCGCCAUCUCCAUGGCCGCCGCCACCUCAACCGCCAUGGCCACCGCCCACCCAGAGCUGCGCUCGUCCUUCCACAACACCUACCACACCAGCAUGCGGCAGAAACACUACUACCGCAGCUACGAGUACGACAUCCCGCCAGGCGGCACCCUGCCCACGCUCUCCUCCCUGGGCAACCAGCACACCUACUGCAACAUCCCCCUGACGCUGCUCAACGGCCAGAGGCCCCCGGGGAAGAGCCGCGAGCACAGCCUGGAGGAGGCCCACGCCAACAACGCCAUGCUGCCGCUGCUGCCCCGCGAGACCAGCAUCUCCAGCGUCAUCUGGUAG